GAGGACGGCGCUAACUUCUCGGCGGGCCAGCGGCAGCUCCUCUGCAUCGCGCGCGCGCUGCUCUCGCGCUGCUCGCUCGUGCUGCUCGACGAGGCGACGUCAUCUCGGGCGCUCAUCCAGCGGACCGUCCGCUCCGCGUUCGGCCACGCGACAGUGCUCACCAUCGCGCACCGGCUCUCGUCGGUCCUCGACGCGGACAAGAUCAUGGUGCUCGAGGCGGGCAGGCUGGUCGAGUUCGGCUCGCCGCAGGAGCUGAUGGCCAAGUCGGGAGGCGCCUUCCGCCAGCUCGUCGUGAGCGGCGCGAGCAGCUGA